GUCAUUCAUUCACAGCAAUCUGUGAAUGAAUGCACUGCAAGUCUCAUCUACCACCGUGACACACAGCUUGUAUUUCUCAAUGACGUGCGAGGAUAAUGACCUCUGUGUGAGGUCCCGAUCAUGUGAUCACUGAUUGGCCAAUCAGUGAUCACAUGAAUAGUAGUAAGCAAGAUGUCACUUACUGAUCACAUCAUUGAGAAAUACUGUGUGAGCUGUGAUUGGUCACACCUUGUCACAUGGUACAAGGCUGUUGUGAAUAGCCUUGUACCAUGUGACCUCUGUGAUCAUUCACAG